AUGCUGAACAGCAACGGGACAGCUGGGGGCCUCCUUGCGCUCCCGCCGCUGCCCGGCGCGCUGCGGCGCUACUGCCUGGGCACCCUCGAGCUGCUCACCAGCAGUUGCGGCCCCCUGGCCCUGACGGUGCUGACGGGCACGGCCCGCCCGCGGCUGGCCGCGCCGCCGCCGCCGCAGCAGCAGCCGGCCGUCGUAUCGCCGUCGGGCGUGGCGCCGCGGCAGCCAGGCGGCCAGCAGCAGCAGACAGAGCAGCAGCCGAGGGUCAAGCUUGAGGAGGGCAGCGGCGCAAACGGCGCCGCCGGCGCCGCCGCCGCUUCCACGCCGCCACCGCCUGCCGCGGACGGUCGGGGCGGGGCUGGGGGCGUGGAGUGGGAUGACUGCGACGAUGACGUCAUGAUGGCUGACCUGGCGCUGGCGGGGCUGGCUGACGAGGAUGAGGAGGAGGGGCAGCAGCAGCAGCAGCAGCAGCAGCGGCAGCAGCAGCAGCUGGAGCAGGGCUUGACUGUAAAGGAAGAGCCGGGGGCCAGCAGCGGCGCAGAGGCGGCAGGGGUGCUGCAACCGGAGGAGGGUCGGCGGGGACCAGACACCGAAGGGAGACAGGGGCAACAGCAGCAGCAGCAGCAGCAACAGCAGGCAGAGCAAGAGGAUGAAGAGAUGGGUGACGGCGGCCGCGAGGGGCAGCAGGAGAGUGGCCCCGCCGGCAGCGUGAGCGGCGCGCCUGGCAACAGCCGCAGCCAGAGCAGGAGCCGCAGCCCAAGCAGGAGCCGCAGCCGCAGCUGCAGUCCAAGAGAGCAGUCGAGAAGCCGCAGUCUGACCCCCGCCGGCAAUGGAGCCGGCGGCUCGGAAGGCGAGGGGGUGCACUCUCAGGACGAAAAUGGCAGCGGCGAGGGGCGCAGGGGCGGCAGUCACGACGAGGGGAGCGGAGGCGGACGCAGCCAGAGCCGCAGCCGUGGCAGCUCGCCGCAGCGGUCCAGUAGCGGCGGGCGGCGCCGCAGCAGCGCCAGCGGCGAUGGCGCCCGCAGCGGCGGCGGCAGCGGCAGCGGCGGGCGGGGCGACAUGGGCAGCUGGAGAGAAGGGGAUUCCAGGGACUCUUCGCCUCGGCGGGCAGAGGAGGAGGGCGGCGAGCAGUCCGGCGGCGAGCGCUCUCGCUCGCGCUCUCGCAGCAUGAGUGCCGACAGCGGCGACAGCGGCGACGGGGCCGGCCGUGCCAACAGUGGUGGCGGCAGCCGCGGGGGCGGCGGGCGAAGCGGCUCGGGGGACUUCCGCCAGGACGCCUCGGGCGGGGGCAUCUCCCCGCGGUCGCCCAGCGUAGGUGCUGCCUCUGAAGGGCACCAGAACGGCGGCGCCGGCGAUGGCGGGGCAGCCGAGCACAGUGAAAUGGAGGAAGAUGGCGAGGGGGGGCUGGCGGCGCGCAGCCACGAGGACGAGCAGCAGGCGGAGCAGCGGCAGUCGGAGGAGCGGCAGCAGGAGGAGCAAGAGCAGGGACAGAGGCAGUACACGGAGCUGCGGGAGCAGGAGCAGAAACAGCAGCAGCAGCAGGAGGAGCAGGAGGAGGAUGCUGACGAGGACCGGUACGAGCGCCAGCUGUCGCGGCAGCAGCAGCCCGGCAGCGAUGACGAGGGCGGCGGCGGCGGCAGCAGCAGCGACGGCAGCGGCAGCAGCAGCAGCGGCAGCGGGGCCGAGAGUGACGAGGAGGGGGACGAGGUGGAGAAGGGGGCAGGAGGCGGGGAGGACGGGGUCGAGGAGGACGAGGACUUUCUGGGGCUCUUCAAUCAGGAGGACGUGAGUGUUUGA